AAGUUUUUAUUAUUAUUAUUAUUAAAAAUGAAACCAAAGCAGACGAACUUUUAUUAUCUGCACACGAUAUUAUCGAAAACGAGGCGUCAAGGAAUGUGACACAUAUGUAUAGUUAACCAUUGUGAUAUAAUAUAACCUGUGUUAUUGGUGACAAUUUCAAAACUGUAACCCCACAGGCGUGUAGGAUAAAUCGGAAUCAAUCCAUGUGGUCAGAUGACCACAAGCUAGAGUCCACUGUCGUCCUAAUCUCCCUGUCCGUCCUUAAAACUCUUACUACAUUUGAAGCAGCUUGUGAUACUUUAAUGUAAAAUGACCUAAUACAAGGGGACCCAACUCUCAGAACAGAAAACGAAACAGUGAGUAAAAAUGGACAGGGUUAUUUCAAAGCCGAAAUUAAGCGGAAAGAAGUAUCAUUAUUGUGUUCUGUACAACUAUGUUGAUGGUCCAGCAAGUCAUAGAGAUAAUGACCAAAAAUUGUCUAGAGCUUUUCUAGCGAAAAUGGAAGAUGAACUAGCUGGGUGUGGCUUUACGGAUGGGUAUUAUUUUGAGAAAAUUCUUCCAGGAAGUAAUUUAUUUGAAGUGUAUUCAGCUACGUUUAUCGAACCAUGCGAGAAAGUAGUGGUCGUUUUAACUAAAGGCUUUAGAGAUAAUUGUUGGCAUAAAUACACCCAGCAAACAUCGUUUAUGAAACUGAUCAAUGGAGGUAAAACUGCCACCUUUCUGCCUAUUGUUAUAGGUGAAAAACGGGAGGAAAUACCUAGAGAUCUAGGGCUAGAUAUGGAACAGAUUUUAUUUUUUGAGGAAAAAUGGGAAGAUGAUGAAGAUAAUUGGUGUCGGUUAAAAUACUGUUUUCUUGAAAGCAAAUCAAUUCCAGCUUUGUUGGAAAGAUCAAAAUCCAAUAUUCCAGUUGAAGAAACCCAAGACUUUAAUAGCCUCGCUGAAGAUGGUGCACCAGCUACGGGACAAGAUGUACCCAACGUGAACAACCUUAGCAUUGAUGGUAGACAACAAAGUCCACCUAGCGGGGCUGCAUGUGGAUCUAAACAAUCGAAAAGAAUUUCCUGUCACGAUGGAGCUACAGGGGGACUGUCAUACAGAUCACCUACAACCCAAGUUCAUUCAAAUCCCUCUGGUCCUAGAGGGGACCCAGUUGGUGCUGCUACGAGUUUCCCAGACCUUCCGCUGAAACCACCAGAUGAUACUGAAGAAGAUCGCUCACCGUCUACACCACAGACCAUUGUAAUUAGCGAUUAUGCACCUGAUUCUAUACACAUUAGUAAAGCAGCUUAUCAAGAAAAGGGCCAUACAUCAGGGUCAGAUAAGGAAAAUCCUGCUGAACAGAAGACGUCGCCUUUUUAUAUGGACGUCUUGAAUUACAUAGUUGGCACUUUGUGAUGAAACUUAAAAACAUAAUUUUAGAAUUAAGCUGAUGUAUAAAAAAAAAAUUUGAAGGGUGGUCCAAGAAUUCUGAUUCGUAUAUAAAUACGAUUAAAUAUACCGGUCUUGAACACACUCUCCCCAACAACAGACAAAAUAAAACGUGGACCAAACUACCAUAUUUAUGAAGCAAGUCCGUAGCUAUGGGGUGAAGAAAUAAAAUAUGAGUAUUUUGAAGCAUCUUUUGAACACCAUCAUAUUCAAAUUAGAACUGCCAUUUGUAUAUUUUUAAUUCAUUUUAGUCUCAUUAUUACUACAGACUGAAUAUAUCUUAAUAUAUAUUUUCUAAUCCUGGUACAGGAAAUGUAUUUGCGGAGGUCUACUUGUUUGCCCCCACCCAGGUCCAGACUCUGACUACGGGCCUGUUAUGAAGGUAAAAUAUGGGAUGGAUAACUGAACAGUAUUUUGUAUCAUAUGUGUUAUAGUGUAAGCUUAAUGAAUAUACAGGUUACAAUAAUUAAUUUGAUCGAGUAUUAAACCUGCUCAAUGAAAUGGCAGUAGUUAUAUUUCACAUUGUUUUAUACCAAGUUCAAUAUAGAUUUUAUAAGCUAAAGGUUUGUUAAUCUACUGUUUAUUCUUGUGUUCGUCAUCUGGUAAUUCUAGCAAUAAUGUCAUUUAACCCUUUGUACUCUUGUUGUUCUUACAUAGCGAUAAAAUUUCAUUUAGCUCCGACCAAAUUCGGUUUCGAUCUCUCGUCAAAAGACGAAACGCCACUGCAUUGGCAAUCAAUUUGGGUGGGUCAAAACGAUCAAUAAAAUAUGAAUAGAUUUGUGUAGUAGUCAUAUAAUUAAUGUCAUCUAAAAAAUAAAGCAUUGAAAUUUUUUAA